AUGCAAGAUGGCGGAGGUUGGACAUUGUUUCAAAGACGACAGGACGGAAGUGUAGAUUUCUAUCGUGGUUGGUCAAACUAUAAAGUUGGUUUUGGUAACUUGACCGGCGAAUUCUGGCUUGGGUUGGAUAAAAUACAUCGUUUGACCACAUCUUCUACUCAAAGUAUUUUAAGAAUUGACAUGUGGGAUUUUGCUGGCACACACGCCUUCGCCGAGUAUAAGAAUUUUUCUGUGGCUUCUGAGUCAGACAGUUACAAACUAAACAUUGGUAAUUUUUCAGGUAAAUAUAUAUAACAAUUGACUUAUAGCAAGGCAAUAAAAGUUAGACAGAACAUAACCAUACUAAAUUUAUAAAAGUGUGUAGUACAGUAUAUAUACAUGCUUCUCUCGUAAAAUAUUGCUUGGUUUAAGUUGACAACAGUAUACUAUAAGCAACAAUAUUUUUUUAAAAAAUGCGAAAAAUGUAGCUUUAUACAUGGUUCUUUCCAUCAAACGAACUCCCCAUGGAUUAAGAUCACGCUAUAUUCAUUCCUGAUACCAUGAUACUUUUUAUGUCAAAUAUAUCAAAGAUUCCAUGAGUGCAUGUUUCAACUUUAUGCGUAUAAUUGAAUUUUUUAAAAAUAUUGCUUUUAUCACCCGACUAAUAAAAAAAAAUCCCACUUGACUCACGGAUCGUCUGAAAUGGGAUUUUCAGAGCCUUCUCUAGAGAUGACAAUGAAAAUCUCAUUUCGGACGAUUUAGAAACAUCAGGUUUCCAAUUACCCCUUCCUCUUUCCCCAUACGUUUACCAAUCUUCCUAAGCCCCCGAUAACACGGGAGUGAAAAGUGAAGCCAAAAAUUCCAUCAUCGGAAUCUGAUAAGCACACUCAAACUCCAAAAGUUUUGGGAUUUUUCUGAAUAUUUUAAGGCAAUGCUGGUGAUUCAUUCAGUAAUCUCAACGGAAUGAUGUUCACGACCAACGACAGAGAUAAUGACGUAAAUAUUGACCACAACUGCGCAAGCAAACGCCAAGGUGCUUGGUGGUACAAAGCAUGUGGCUACUCCAAUCUGAAUGGGCUGUAUUUCGCAACGUCAAAUAUGACUGCGAAAGGAUCUCGAAUUUUCUGGUACCAUUGGAAAAAUGAUUAUAAAACCGUCAUGAAGAAUGUUGAGAUGAAAAUACGUCCAUCUUAGAGACACAUUCGUGCAAGGACACCAUUUGCAUAAAACGUGCAUGUUUAGAAUAAUAUUAAUAGUUUAAAUAAUCUUCAACAGUGGACGUCGUGUAGGUAGGGAAGGAUACGAACUGCGAACUUUUGUAGAUGAUACUACUACAGUAUAUCUGAAGAUUAAUAGAUUAAUAGAUUAAGACACUAAACUCGAUAAUUGCUGGACGUAAUUAUUGUUGUUGUGUAGCAAGGAAGAUG